UGGUUUGAGCUUCGAAAGUUCAUUUGUUUUACUUCAAACGAUGACUAGCGCUUUCACUGUUUCUGUAUGAGUUUCAUUCCAGGUUAACAAGGACAAUGAAAUAUUUGGCCUGAACGCGUCACAAUGGAAGGUAAUCAUAGCAAAAGUAGACGCCAAUAAAGUUACGCAGGAAGACCUCUUUUCGGCUAUAAUGCGCUGGUACAAAUACAAUGCCGGCGUGCGACAACAAAACUUACCCGAUAUGAUUGGUUCGCUAAGGCUAGACGAAUUCGAGACGGAAUUUAUUGAGAAGCAAAUUAAACCAUUACCUGGCUGUGAGCGCCUGGCCAUGGAAGCGAUUAAGAAACGUGGAGAUUCCAUCUCUUGGCUAGCUGUACAAAAUUUCGGAGAAGAUUGGUUGGGUGUCAAGGAUAUAUUACGUUUCAACCAAGCUAAGGAAAUAUGGGAGAAAGCUACCAGAUUGGAAAUAAAAAGAUAUGGCUUUGAUACAGCUUUCAUUGAAAAUUGCUUCAUUUUCAUUGGUGGUCGUAGUAUUAAUGGACCCAGUAAAGACGUUGUCAGCUAUAAUUUGCUAACUAAAGAAUGGACUACACUAUCAUCAAUGCAAGAACAUCGUAGUAGUGUUUGUGUUGUCGUUUUGAAUAAGUACAUCUAUGCAAUUAGUGGAAAAAAUAAAAGAGGCGAUGCAUUAACUAGUGUAGAAAGAUUCGAUUGGUCAACUGGUAGAUGGCAAUAUGUGGCUAAUAUGCCACGUUUUGCUGAAGCUGCUACAGUUUUAAAUGGCGACAUAUAUGCAUUUGGCGAUAUAGACGUUGCACGCUAUAAUUCAGCUACCAACAGAUGGGAGCAACGCAGGUCAAUGUUGGAUAGACGCUACUCACCAGCU